UGCCAAUCAACCCUCAGAGGUCUUCAUUCUCUCAAUCAACAGGGUCCUUUCGUUGACACUUUUUACAUUCUUCAUCCAAGCCGUUUUGUUCAAGAUGAAGUUCACUCUCCCUCUUGUCAUCUUCGCCGCCGUGGCCUCCGCCACCCCGGUCGCCCAGCCAAACGCUGAGGCCGAAGCCCAGUGGUGCCGGAUCCAUGGCCAGUCCUGCUGGAAGGUCAAGCGUGUUGCCGAUGCCUUCGCCAACGCCAUCCAGGGCAUGGGUGGUCUCCCGCCCCGCGACGAGUCCGGCCACCAGCCCGCCCAGGUCGCCAAGCGCCAGGUUGACGAGCUUGCCGGCAUCAUCGCCCUCACUCAGGAGGACGUUAACGCCUACUACGACUCGCUCAGCCUCCAAGAGAAGUUCGCUCCCUCCACCGAGGAGGAGAAGAAGACCGAGAAAGUCGCCAAGCGUGAGGCCGAGGCCGAGGCACAAUGGUGCCGCAUCCACGGCCAAUCGUGCUGGAAGAAGCGUGAGGCCGAAGCCCAGUGGUGCCGGAUCCACGGCCAGUCGUGCUGGAAGCGUGACGCCCUCCCCGAGGCCGAGCCCCAGUGGUGCCGGAUCCACGGCCAGUCCUGCUGGAAGAAGCGUGACGCCGCUCCCGAGGCUGCCCCCGAGGCUGAGGCCAACCCACAAUGGUGCCGCAUCCACGGCCAGUCCUGCUGGAAGGCCAAGCGCGCCGCCGAGGCCGUCAUGACCGCCAUCCAGUCCGCCGAGGCCGAGUCCGCCCUCCUUCUCCGUGACACCACCUUCAGCCCCGUCGACCGCGUCGGCAAGCGCGAUCCCCAGUGGUGCAACAUGAGGCUCCACCCCGAUAGGGGCUGCUGGAAGCGUGAUGCCUCCCCUGAGGCCGCUUGCAACGCUCCCGACGGCGCCUGCACCAAGGCUACCCGUGACUUGCACGCCAUGUACAACGUGGCUCGUGCCAUCCUCACUGCUCACUCUGAUGAGAACUAGAUGUUUCCCCAAAAUCUUCUUCCCUAGGAGAGGGUACGACAAAGCAAACAAGAAGGGGGCAGAGAAAAGGCUUGGAUAUAUCACUUUUGCUCCCUCUUUACACACUUCACUUCUUUCUGGAAAAAAAAAGUACAACACAUCUAUAUACACACACACACAGAAGCUUUUUGGGUUCACACUCAACACAAAGGGAUUGGAUAGGUGAAUACUUGUACAAUCCUGUUUUUAUCAAUUAUUCUUCAAGUGGGAUGGGAAUGGGGUUAUUGGAGCGUGCCUGUACUUAGCUAGUUCUGAAUCUCUCCCGCUCACCCGGACACUGAAUUCAAGGAUGAGGCUGCUUGCCGAAUGAAGGCAGCCUCGGAUAAUUCCCUUGA